AUGAGUGACGUGCAAUCACUAAUUGACUCACCAGCGUCGUCCAUGGAACUUGGUAGUUCGCUUGUAUGGGAGAAGGUGACACUGUCACCGCUAGAACUGAUAUCUGUGCAGCUGGAGCACGAGUUGCAGCUCGCCGAAGAGGUGGCCGCAGCUACAAGUACUGGCAAAACAAACAAGAACGGUGUGGACGUAGGCGCUCAGACGGGCAAAGCUACUGGACGCGUGACAAUUGAAGUAUUAGAAGCUAAGGAAUUGGUGGUAGAAAAGAAUACACCAGUGCUGGCGGUCAGUGGUAAUGCGCACCCGCAAUUGUACGUGUCUACACAGGUGACGCCGCUUUCGGCAUUCGAGAAGGCUACGAAGAAGUUUAUGCGCACGAAAAGGAUACAAGAAGUGUGCAAUAAUAGUGCUAAAUGGCAGGAAAAGCUUGUGUAUGAUGGAGCCAAGACGAAGAAAUUUGGUAUUAAGGUCUCGCUAUGUGCUAGCGCCGAGGUCAUUGCUGAUGUGGUGCUGGGGGAGCUGGAGCUGCGUAGUACUGAUUACGAGGAUCAAUUGCCUCACAAGAAAUGGUUUAAUCUAAAGGCACCGAGUUCUGCUGAUACGGGUGGCGUUAUUGGUAAGCUGCUGCUGUGCGUCACUUUUGAGUACUCGGUGCGUGAGCGUCACGAGCGUGAGUUGGCUAUGCUCCGAAAGAAAAAACAUGAAAAUGAUAAGGAUAUUGAGAUAUAUAAGAUCACUGCACGACAAGUGAAUUCGCCCGUACAACACCCUGCUGCAUUUGGCAAAGAGACAGCAAAAUCUGCACUAUACUUACCUGGCAACAAAUUUGACAUUAAUUUACACCAUCCGGCUGCCGUAAGCGUGACACCUUUGGUGGAUAAGACGCGUAUUGUGACUCCAUUCGGACUAGGUGUCGUGGUCUCUUUCCGACCAGAUAGCAAGAUGUACGUGGUGCAACUAGACACUGAUACUUCGUCGAAAACCCAUACUAUUGCCUACUUGCGGCAAAAUAUGGUGAAGGAGGAACCAGAUGAGCCGUACCUUCGCAUGCACUCAAAGGUGGAGACCCCAUACGGUCUCGGUACGCUGGAAGAGGUUCGUCCAUACGACGACGUGUUGAUCGUAAAGACUGAGUACGCGCGCAUGUUCAUGCAGCGCAAGGACGUGAAGAUACCGAAGAAAGACAUUACGGAAAUGACGUUGAAGGACUUGAUACACGAGGCCAUCAAGCUUGCCGAUGCAGGUAACGAGGAAUUUCGUAAAGGUAGUUUGGAAGAUGCCGUGUAUAAGUACCUGUGUUCGUUGGGCUUUCUCCAGCGCGUUGAACAGGACAAUGCUACUUACAAGGAGAAGGCAACGAUCAUCCAGACAAUGAUUCGCUGCCACCUUAACAUUGGUGCCUGCAAGUUGAAGUUGAAUGCGUAUACGGACGCUGAGAUCGCGUGCACAAACGCCUUGAGUAUCCUCAAAGUGUUAUCUGAAAACCGCGAGGGCAAUGUGGUUACGUGGAUGGGGCGGCUGGGUAUGUCGGAGCAGCUCAUGUUUGAGGACUGGCCAUCUAAGGCGCGCUUCCGCCGCGCCCAAGCAUCUGUGAAACUGGAGAAAUAUACGGAUGCCAAGCAGGAUUUGCUGCUAGCAGUGAAGCUGAAUCCUCGUGAUAAGUCAUGCCGCACGUUGCUGGACAAGGUAAUCAAGCUGGUGGACAAGCAGAAGCGCAACGAGAAGAAGGCUUGGGGUGGCAUCUUUGACAAUCUCGAUGCGUCAGCAUCCACCGCCAAAACAGUGGCAGUGACUAGCAAGACGGCCACUGGUCAGAGCAAGGAAAUGUCGAUCUUCACGCACAAGACUAAGGUCCAACAGAAGCAGCAGGCACCGGCAGCAAUAGCUGGCGACGAAGCCGAACCGUGGUACUUGACUACGCGCGCACUGGCCACGGCGUCGGUGGUGACUGCAGGCGUGGCUGCCGUAGCACUGAUGGCACUGAAGCCAUUGAGCUCGUAA